CUUGAGGUGGUGCGCCAUACAGAAGUAAAGAAGCGACUAGCAAGGGACGCUAAAUUCGAGAGCUGUGUGGCAUGGACUUCGACGCGACUAUAGAGCGGCUCAAUUCGCUCAAGCUGCAAGAGCGCGGCUCUAAUUUCAGCGCAAACCAGCACGCAGAGCACACGGCGCAGCUGCAGCACGAGAUUCGACGACUGCAAGAAGAGAACGACCGCCGCGUGUUAGACCAAGAGCGGCAGUUGCAGCUGUGGCAGCAGGAGAUGCGCGAGAUGCAGACGCGACUCGAAGCUGCUGAGCACCAGAAUUGCUUACUCAAAGCCGCAUUGGGCGAAGUGGACACGUUUAGGCACCAGGCCGAGACGCAACAGCUCGUGAUCGAGGAGCUCCAGACACAAGUCAAGCAGCUACGCAUCACCAACUACAGACUACAGUAUGUGGUGCAGCAGAACGAGCCACGAGGAGGUCAGGGGUCUUUUCUACCGCCACCGCCGCCAGAUAUUUUCUAGGACGCACGGACAUGAGCGUACUACACUACUGCUUGCACCAAUGUACUAUGUAGAAUCGACCCUAGAGGAAGGAAAUACGAGGAUGCCACAGUGCACUGCAGCUCCAUUAGCGCGGUGCGGUGCUGUGUUUUUUCAUUUGACUGGCCUUUCCUGGAAAAAGAACAAGUGUGCUCUAAUAUUAAAUCAAGAACGCAGAAGGCUGCACAACAACUUCACUCGCUUGGUUUAAUGUUGGACGAACUUUGAGCUGCUUUCAGGCGUUCGAUGAGACUGUGAAGUGGAGUAAGGCGUCUGUGAGGUCAUCUCAGCAAAAGUCUCCAAUAUGGUCACGUACGUCUUCUGUGCAGUCGCUUGGGUGGAGAACAUGGCCGCUGCCAUGUAGAACUCCUCUACAAACUUUUCCAUCUAAAUAGCAAGUCAUACCAAUGUCAACUCCAGUGCUGCAGCUCUAGAGAAAAGUUUACCUCGCUCUCCAAGAUCGCAACCUAGAAAGCAAGCACAGCGUCAACAAACUGGUAUAAGUUUUGCUUCCUUCCAGCCUGGAUUUUUCAACUACUUAUUACUAUCUUUCUGGUCGCAC